CGAGAGUUUCCCAACAACGCGAUUCUCUGCACGUGUACAGCUCAGAAUUUUCCUCCAAGGCUGCUCGGAGCCAAUCUCUUCCUAGCCAUGGCGAACGUGGUACAGAUAUUACCCAAGUUCCUUCUGCCACGGCUCAGCUGGACUGCUCCGGUGGGACAGACCUUCGCAAGAGCAUCGGCUGCUUCAGCGCAGACGAACAAUUAUGGGCCGUGGCAACAUGCAGCGAGGUCAUUUCACGGCGAAGUAACACCUCUGAGAAGACCCAUUGAUGGAUCUGUCCGACGAAAUGUCUCUAUGCAGCAACAGCUCCAGCAGUCCAUUUUCCGGAGAGCCUUUCACGCUUCACCCACAAGACGAAGAGAUCACCACUUCGACACGCUGAAGUUUGUCCAGCGGCUACAGAGCGAGGGCUUCACGGAGGAGCAAUCCGUUGCCAUGAUGAAAGUUCUCAACGAUGUUAUUCAGGAAAGCAUCCAGAACUUGACCCGCACAAUGGUCCUGCGCGAGGACGCCGCGCGCGCCACCUACACGCAAAAGGUCGACUUCGCCAAGCUCCGCUCGGAGCUCCUGUCCGCCGACAGCACCGAGUCAAACGCCACGCGCGCCGCCCACGAGCGGCUGACCAACGACAUCGCCAGGCUGAACAACCGGCUCAAGGACGAGAUCGGGCGGACGCAGGCGAGCGUGCGCCUGGACCUGAAUCUGGAGAAGGGCCGCAUCAGGGAGGAGGCGGUGUCGCAGGAGCUGCGUAUCAAGGAGACCGAGACCAAGAUCGAGCAGGAGGCGGGUGGCCUGAGGCAGCAGCUGGAGCAGGUCAAGUUCCAGACCCUGCAGUGGCUGAUUGGUGUUUGCACCGGUUUCGCAGCGCUGACACUUGGUGCUUGGCGGUUGUUGAUGUGAGGAGGGAUGUGUGGUGUGGAGGGGACUGGCGGAUGCUAAGGUGUGGACAACGAGCUCUGAGAGGCAUGUUUCUUUGGGAUUAGCACAAGCUGACCAGAACGAAGUUAUGUCUUGCUUGGCCGUCCUUUGGAAAGUACAGCUGACUGGCUGAGCAGGCUCGAAUCACCACAAUAUCAAGGCGAUGGAUGAGCACUUAUAGGCGAUUUGUGCAGAGACACCAUCGGCAUACAUUAUACCCAAAUCAAGAGAGAUAUGUUUUCCAC